UGACCCACAUUAUAUUACAGAAGAGGUCUGUGUGUUUUAAAAAAAAGACAAGUCAAUGAUCUUUUCAUUUCAGUAACCCCAUGGCCUUUGCUCUGGCGCCACUCAGUGGUUAAACUUAAUAUCUGAUGCACCAUAAUACUCAGAGAAUAGGACAUGUCUCAACUUUGCAUUAAAGAGUGUAUUGUUCAGUAUUACCUGGGGUCUUUGGCAUGGUAAUACACUCUCUAGUCAAAUGUCUAAAAUAUGUUAUUGUUAAAGAAUUUCCACCACAUGUAAACAAAUACACAAAUGAACACGUGUUCUGCCACAAUAUGCUCACACUGCACCAAAGUUUAGGUUGUGGCGACCCACCUAUAGAGUGUACAGCCCAGUAAGCAAGUGUAGCUGAGCGGAACAUGAAGCAACAGUCAAACUGUGUUACUAAUCAACCUGUUGUUCACCGCGCAUCGUGGAAACUUCACCGGUGACUCAGGCAGCCUUCAGCGUCAGCAGAACAGACCCCUGUCCGAAAUGCUACAGUGCCUCCAGAUCUGCUGAUAAGUUUCUCUUCAUUACUCAUUUAUUUCGGGCCUGCUGGAUGAUGUAGUUUGGAUCUGCGGCAUCAGUGCACACGAGUGCCAGCCGUGUGGAAUAUUUUGACCUCUCAUGCAUGUAACCGCGCCAGUUUGAUCCAACACAGGUCCGAUCCAAUCCAGUGAGUCACAUACAGACAUAUACAGACUUCUUCUACACUCGAAACAUAUUGCUCACUGAACAAAUCAGAAACACCCACAACUUGGGUGAACACGCUUUGAAAGACGAACGAAUGGGAUUUUGGUGAUCAAAGGUCAAAGGGCAAAAAACAUUUAUUCAUGCACCAUGUAACUUUUUUUCAGUUUUACUUCAUUUACAGUUUGGGAUUUUUGUUUUGUUUUGUUUGACACCUCUGUCUGUACUUUGCUUGCUGUGUUGAACAGCAAUAGAAGUAUCUUCUCAAAGUACUAAAAAGGCGAAUGCUUCUCAACUUUCUAGUCCCGUCCAUCCACUCAACCGAGGCUUCCUCCACCACAUACAGGUGACGUUGUGCAUUGGGGAAGUAGCCUAGUCAUCCCGUUGCCGUGCUCCACUACGCCAAGCUGCGAGUCGCGUUCAGUGGGAGGCUGCGCUUGGACCCAUCCCUCCGUCGUGUCGCGAAGUCUCCACCAUGAACUACCUGCGCCGUCGACUGUCGGACAGCAAUUUCAUGUCCAACCUCCCCAACGGCUACAUGGGCGACCUCCAGCGCCCCGAGCCGCCGCAGCAAAGCCCCGCAGUGUCGCCGGGGCCGUCGGAGAGGCGCCAUUCCACCAGCCAGCAGCAGGCUGGAGGCGGCGGCGGGGGCGCAGGCUUCUUCUCGUCCAUAUCCAACGCCGUCAAGCAGACCACAGCUGCUGCGGCCGCGACCCUAUCCGAUGCAGCGGACCGGGCGGGAGGCUCCGGCAGCGCCAAGAUCCUCCUGGUCGUCGACGACCAGCAGACCGACUGGGUGAAAAUCUUCAGAGGAAGAAAGAUCCAAGGUGAAUUUGACAUCAAGGUAGAACAGGCUGAAUUCUCUGAAAUCAACAUGGUAGCAAAUUCUACAGGCACCUACAAUGUGGAUAUCGAUGCAAUCAGGAAUGGACAUAAGGUCACUAAAUCCUUUAAGCCAGACUUUGUGCUGAUCAGACAGCAUGCCUUCAGCAUGGACAAGCACGGAGACCACCGGAACAUAGUAAUUGGAUUGCAGUAUGCUGGACUGCCAAGUGUUAACUCUUUGCACUCUGUCUACAACUUCUGUGACAAACCAUGGGUGUUUGCUCAGAUGUCUAGGCUCUAUAAACAACUGGGCCCUGAGGAGUUCCCACUGAUUGAGCAGGUUUACUAUCCAAACCACAAGGAAAUGAUUACCUCCCCCCACUUCCCUGUAGUGGUAAAGAUGGGCCACGCUCACUCAGGAAUGGGAAAGGUGAAAGUGGACAAUCAAUAUGACUUUCAAGAUAUUGCCAGUGUUGUGGCGCUGACCAAGACUUAUGCCACAUCAGAACCUUUUAUUGAUGCAAAAUAUGAUGUUCGUAUCCAGAAGAUUGGUAGCAAUUACAAGGCUUACAUGAGAACAUCAAUUUCUGGCAACUGGAAAACGAACACUGGCUCAUCUAUGCUUGAGCAGGUGGCCAUGUCAGACAAGUACAGAAUGUGGGUGGACUCUUGUGCUGACAUCUUUGGAGGGUUGGAUAUCUGUGCUGUGGAGGCUCUACAUGGUAAAGAUGGCAAGGACUACAUUAUAGAGGUUGAUGACUGUUCGAUGCCACUGAUUGGGGAUCAGCAAGAUGAAGAUCGUGUUCAGAUUGCAGAACUGGUGGUCUCUCAGAUGAACCAGACAGUUCCACGCACUUCAAGCCCCUCCACAGUCCGUGCCAAGGCAGGACAGCCAUCACAGAAAGCAGUGUCUCCUCAGCCUGUCUCUCAGCCAAAAGUACCACAGGCUCAACAGCGCCCCUCACCUCAGGGUGGUCCUCAGCAAAGUCCCCCAUCUCAGCAGCGCCCACAGCCUCAAGGCCAACCUCCUGCACAGGCCCAGCAGUCUGCUGCCAGCCCUGCUACGGGUGAACAUGGUGCCCAGGCUAAGGCUAAUCAAGGACCUGCAGCCCAACCACGGCCACAAGGUCAGGGAGCUCUUCCAGGUCAGAAACCUUCUUCUGGUCAGAGCUCUCCUCAGCGGAGCCAGGGAGGUUCCCCGCAAGCUCAGAGGCAACAGUCUGUCUCUCAGCAGCAGCAGAAACCGUCUGCAGGAGGCCCUGGCCAAAAACCCCCAGGUGGCCAUCAGCAAAGGCCUGCCCAGCCACCUAGGCAGCAGUCACUGGGAGGGGGACAGAGGGCUCCUGGCCAGCAAGGUCGUCCUGGAGCAGCCACCACCCAGCAGCCUCGACCUGCUGCUCAAGGCCAGGGGACCCCAGGUGGACGACCCCCACUGCAGCAAAAGCCUCAGCCUCCACAGAAGCCAAGUCAGGACAACUCGGCUAUGGGCGGCUCUCCACAACUAAACAAGUCCCAGUCUCUUACCAAUACCUUCAACAUUCCAGAAACUCCAGCGCCACGAGCCAGCCUUAGCCAGGACGAGGUGAAGGCAGAAACCAUACGCAACCUGCGCAAAUCUUUUGCGAGUCUCUUCUCAGACUGAGACGGCAAAAGUCCCCCCCCCCCCCCUCCCCCCCUCCUACUGACAGAAAGAUGGACAGGCACACUGAAGGACAGAUCCCUUUGGCCCCCAACGAACAAGGACCAACAGGAUGCCGCCACCAAUUCAUGUAAAAUGACCCUGAUAAGAAAGUGUACACACUUGACACUCACUGCCUGAAUAGCUGAAAUAUUUUAAAAGGAACAAAAAGUAAAGUAAAGUAAAUUUAGGCACUGAUGUCUGAAACAUUCCUUGCUUCGCCUAAAGCUUAAGUAAGUCAUCAUUGUGUCACAUAAACUGCGCACAUGCCUGCUGUCUCUCUCUCUCUCUCUCUCUCUCUCUCUCUCACACACACACACACACACACACAAACACAAAAAAAGCCUGUAUAUGCAUGAGCACACAAAUUUGCAAGAAACAACAAAUUGCUGCUCCCACUUGCUUGUCGGUGCUGUAAAGUCAUUGUGAUCUUUAUGUUUGAAUUUUGGUCAGCCUAUCCAACAACCAAAAGAAUUAAGGGACUGUACAAAAGUUUUGGGGUUGGGGAGAGCUGCUGAAUCUGAAUAUUAUCUCAAAAAGACGAUGGUGGUAAUAAUGAACAAACUGACAGUAUAGCCAGUCUCUGUUUUUGAAUGAAGAGCUGCUAAAUAAACUGUUAGUACAGCCACAUAACGGAGUGAGUGGCAGCUCUGAGCUGAGAGGCUUUUUGCACUGCACUGUUUUCAUCCCACCCAUAUCCUCUGCAUAUGAUUUUGACCAUAUAAUCUCCUUUUAUAUAAGUUAUAACACAAUAUAGACUAUGUAAUAAAUUACUAACAUGGAGUAAGAAAAAGUAAAACUACGUUUACUUUGACAAAAAUGAUAUUAUAUAAUAUUUUUUCUGACCCCCUCUGCCCCUAAUCAUUUUUGUACAGUCCCUCAGUACAGCUGCACACAUAGGCUGUCCUGUGUUAGCUAAUGCUAGAUCUGUAGCUGUUGGCUGUUCAUGGUGAUGUCUUAGCUGCAUGUCCACAGGAGGCAAUGGUUGCACUUUCCAACCCCUGACAUUGGCGCUUGUAACUGUGUCGUCACAUGUACUUGAAUUAUUUAGUAAAGUAGCCUAGUAGGUGUUGUGAGUAUGUUGUUGCUGCCACUUCUUCCUGUUUUGUUUUUCUUUUGGUCCCAAAAGCUUGAACUUUCAAAGCAUGCCUUACACAGACAAGAACAUCAAAUCAAAUGGAGCUAUCUCAGGGAUGUCCAAUUGAUUGUGACACUUCUGUGUGUGGGUUAGGGUCUUCCAUCACAGUGUCAUUGUGGGUGUUUACCAAUAAUGAGGGGAAAGCAUGCAUUUUAAUGAGGAAGAAGGUUUUUAUUAUUUAAAAUGCAUUUGCACACAGAGUAUACUGCAACAUAUCACUUGAAUAGAGUGACAGACUGAUGUAUGAAGUCUAAAGUUUCAGGUUUACUCAUCUGCUGCUCGACAAAGCAACAACUCACUGCUUCCUCUGGGUUGAUGCUGUGUGUGCGACAGGUGUGGUACAGUAGGACUCACCAUAGGCAGGGGUGGCAACUGUUCAGGUACAUUUAGUGAAAACUUAUGUACAGUUUAAUUUCAGAUUCCCUUGAAUUCAAAGCAAUUUAAUGAGAAAACCAAUGACUGCAAUCCAGUUUGGAUACAAAGAAUGCACAGUAAGUUAGAAGGUUAUAUCAGGUUGACUUUAGGGUUUAGCCGUUGGUCAGUGCAUUGUGAUUUUGCACUUAGUUAACUCCAACCCUAUGUAUGUAUCACAAUGCAGCAGAGUUUUUGCUUCCAUAAAUGCCCCUCUGUCAGGCCAUAAUCCAAAGCAUACUCAGCCAAGGAAUUUUUCAUGUUUGCGGUUCAUCUAUAUACAAUAAAAUAAUAAUAAUGAUGCAAACAUAUAGGAUUGUCUGCUGUUGAAUGCACCUCUGCAGCACAUUUAUCACUUCCUGUCACCCAUUGUUUUGCACUGACAACCCUUUCUUUCAUCAUUAUUCUGAAAUUCUGAGCGGUUACUUAAAAAACUCCUCUGUUUCCAGGCACUGAAAAUGUCUUCCAGAAGAAGUGCUUCUCAUUGAAAUGUCAAUGUAGUAUGGCAAUAUCAAGCUUAGACCCAAUAGCCAAAAGAAUAGUCCUGGUUCCCCUGCAGAUUCUCUGUGCUGCCUGUGUUCAUCAGCCUUUCUGUGUAGCCACAGUGACCCCUUGUGCUCAAUGGUGCAUAAAUGUGUGAAUGUUGUUCUGUAACUGGUGAAACCAAAUAGAUGUUGUACAGAGCUCAGAGUGAUUCAGAUUGUCUCCUUUAUCCCCUGCUGCUACUUGUGCUUGUUGGUACGUGUGUCCCUAAACUUUUUUGCUCUUAUUUUCAAGAUUUAUCUUAAUGCAUUUGUGAUUUAGAUUCCUUUUUUUAAUUUUACAGUGACUGGGUGACAGUAUAUGAUUGUCAGAGCCUACCACCAGGAGCAGCCUUGUGCAAUUGUUAACACUGAGUGUGUCAUUUAUGAAAAUGAGUCGUCACAAUUUGCGUGGAUGGUUAAAUUUGAAAAAUGUCAUUCCAUAUUGAGACAUGCCAUUUGCAGAGGCAUCUCCUGAGACUGAUAAGAUGAGCAGUGACAGAAAUACAAAGAAGUACUUUAUGUUUUUGAUAUUCACAGAUGUUUCUUUCUAAAGGUUUACAUUAUUCAUGGUGGAUAUGUUUGACUGUGAAUGUAAUCUUUUUGUUACAGCUAGUUUUAUUGUUUUCUAAAUGCAUUGUAUAAUCGUCGUGAAAAGAUGAAAUCCUUACAACUUUGAACUGACUGUCGGUCUAUGCCUGCCAGAUUUCAAAAACAUAAAUGUGAGUGCAAAAAUCGAAAGGAUGAGGUUUUUGUUCAUCGAAAAUAUUAAGAUACUGCAUAAUGCAAAUCAUGGUGGAUAUUGAAUUAAAUAUAAAAUAAUAUUUGAUGUUAUAUGCAAUGUAGCUAAACUAUGUGAAAAUGAGUAUAUAUUAUGUGAAGAUGAACAUGCAAAUGUCUAAUAAAGUCUAGAAUCAAAAAUGA